AUGGCGCCAGGGGCCAGAAGAGACCAGCAGGGCACCCAUUGGUGCUGCAAGUGGUGCACAGGACGGAAUUGGAAGCCGUUCGUCAAUGUCCCAGAUAAGUUGGGUUGCCACGCACGUGGCAUCGCCAAGCCAACGGCCUGCAUGUGCAAGUUCGAGCGUCCUUCGGUGGAUCUCGCUAUUCGCGCUCAGCGCAAGCUGGCGAAUCCCGCCAUUCGCGCCCAGCGCAAGCCUGGGAGUGGCACCGCGCCCGUGGAGCAGCAGUUGCAAACCAUGCACGAGCAGGUGGAGCAGCUCCAGCGGGAGCUCAAGGACGCCAGAGCGAAGACGUUGGCAGCGGACGCCGAGGCGCGCAUUGCAGUGUUGGAGGGCCACAUCGAGCACCUGGGUAAGACCGAGCCGAUGCCCGAGGCCGCGGGCGAGCUGGCGGCCCAGCACAAGAACGAGACAGGCUUAGAG